AGUAUCGAUUCUGUCGCAGAGAGUCGUCUGCAUAAACGUCUAGAAAGCUGUGCACGUGUUUCUUUGCUUCUUUCAAAAUGUCUAUGCCCGAUCCUCAACUAAAACGCAAACUCAAGAAACGAGAACAGAGUCGACUAAGAGUUCUAAACAAGAAAAACGAGGACGCAUCCGACGAAGACGAACAUGAAGUCGCAUCAAAAGAAGAGAAUGUUGAUGAAACUGAACUGCCAGUGAAGAAACUGAAAACAAAUUCUAAAAAAGCUAUGAAGCAAACACAACUGGUUACUUCAGAUAGUGAGAAAGUAGUAGAUGAAGAUGAUGAGGAUAUUGAUGCUGAAGAUUUACAACAAUUACCUGGAUCAUCAAUCAAUGUUGGAAUUCUUAGUGACCAGACAUUUGCUUCGUUGGAAGGCAGUGUCUCAGAUUUGACUUUGAAAGCUGUUGAAGAGAUGGGCUUCAAAAAAAUGACAGAGAUCCAGGCAAAAUCCAUUCCUCAUUUACUGGAGGGACGUGAUUUGUUAGGACAAGCCAAAACUGGUUCUGGUAAAACAUUGGCAUUUCUGAUACCCGCGAUUGAGCUGAUUUAUAAAUUGAGGUUUAUGCCGCGAAAUGGUACUGGAGUUAUUAUUAUUUCUCCCACAAGAGAGUUGUCCAUGCAAACUUUUGGAGUUUUACGUGAACUGUUAAGACACCAUUCCCAUACAUAUGGUCUGGUUAUGGGAGGUGCAAAUCGUCAAGCUGAAGCUGCAAAGCUUGUAAAGGGUGUUAAUAUUUUAGUGGCAACUCCUGGAAGAUUGCUCGAUCACUUGAAUAGCACGACUGAUUUUCUAUUUAAAAAUCUCCAAUGUCUCAUUAUCGAUGAAGCAGAUCGUGUAUUGGAUAUCGGAUUUGAAGAAGAAUUAAAACAGCUCAUUCGUAUUUUACCUAAAAAACGACAGACAAUGCUGUUUUCCGCUACAUCAACUCAGAAAAUUGAGGAUCUUGCUCGCUUGGCCCUCAAGAAGGAGCCAAUUAUUGUUGGAGUAGAGGAUGUCGUUGAGAAAGCCACGGUUGAGGGACUGGAACAAGGUUAUGUCGUGUGCCCUGCCGAAAAGCGUUUUCUCAUGCUCUUUUCUUUUCUUAAACGUAAUCGCAAGAAGAAAAUCAUGGUCUUCUUCAGUUCGUGCUUGUCCGUCAAAUUUCACCAUGAAUUGCUAAACUACAUCGAUAUGCCUGUCAUGUGCAUUCACGGUAAACAAAAGCAAACUAAGCGAACGACAACAUUUUUCCAAUUUUGUAAUGCGGAUUCUGGAAUCCUUCUCUGUACGGACGUGGCAGCAAGAGGAUUGGAUAUCCCAGCGGUCGAUUGGAUCGUCCAGUAUGAUCCUCCAGAUGAUCCUAAGGAAUACAUUCAUCGUGUCGGGCGUACUGCUCGCGGCCAAGGCGGCAAGGGCCACGCCUUGCUUCUUUUGAGGCCAGAAGAAUUAGGUUUCUUACGGUAUUUGAAGCAAGCUAAAGUUCCACUUAACGAAUUUGAGUUUUCCUGGAGCAAAAUUGCUGAUAUUCAACCUCAGCUGGAAAAACUGGUUUCCAAGAAUUAUUUCCUCCAUAUGUCAGCAAAAGAAGCUUACAAAGCCUACAUUCGUGCUUAUGAUUCUCAUCAUUUGAAAACAAUCUUCGACGUUCAUACACUCGACCUUGCUAGAGUGGCCCAAAGUUUUGGUUUCAAAGUUCCACCGACAGUAGACCUUAACAUGCGUAGUACUAAAGCUGACCGCCCUCGCAAACGCCAAGGGAACUUCGGGGAGACCCAUGGAGGAACUAAGCACCGUACAAAAGCAAGCAUAUAUCGUCAAGUUGGACAGAAACCAAGCGACAAACGGCAAUUUUCUCGAUAAUUUUUCGGACUGUUUUAUACGUUGUCCACAGACAAUAAAUUUGCGUAUCCAAUA